GAAAUUUAUCUCAAGUUUGCACAGUAAACUUUAAAUUCAAAGAUUCUACUUAGUUCUUACCAAUCCACAAACAACAGAAUUUCAUUGUAAAAGCUCUCAUCACAUCAGAUCUGCCUUUCACUCUUCCUCAAUUCCCGGCAAUCUAUUCACACUCUUUCAUCCAGCAAACCAACUUCACUACUCCAAUUAUCAAUAAUUAAACAUAAUCAUUCAAAUUUACAAUCCCAAUUUAUUAUUUUUUUUUUUAAAUUUCUCAACUCCCAAAACAAGUCCAAUAAUUCCUGCUUCUAAAACAUCACUUGUUCUUGCAAUAUGCAAAUAACCCAGAUCAUAAUUUGACAAAAUCAGCCAAAUUUCAUAAUCUAGCUAAAAAAAAAACCCCAAAUGGGUUCCAAUCAAUCAGUCCAAACUCUAGAAGAUGAAGAAGAAGAUGAUGAUGAAGAAGAAGCAAAUGGAGUUACAGGACAAGGAGAUUCACACACUGUAAAGAAGGUUCUAGAACAAGAACCAGAGAUGUUACCAUGUUAUGCUUCAGCUUCCCCUCUUUCUCCUCAGCUUUCCUCUCUAGGGACCCCUAGGAUGGGACCCUCUAUCAAGGUGUGGGACCCAUACAAUGUUCUUGCGCCGCCGCCUCCGCUUCCGCCUCCGCCGCCUACUGUGAGCUUCGGCAGGAGUUACUCGUCGGAUGGGAUGCUAUUGAUUGAAGAUGAGAGAGAUAGGGGUAGUGUGAUGGAGGUUUAUUUGAUUAAUCAUGGAGAAAGUGAGAUGAGUUUGAGGCCUGAUUUGAUUAGUGGGAGAUGCCCAAAUGCUGGGUUGACUACUAAUGGGAAGAGGCAAGCUAGGGCUUUGGCUGUGUUUUUGAAUUCUCAAGGUGUUAGGUUUAAUGCUGUUUAUACUUCUCCUUUGGAUCGAGCUAAAGCUACUGCUGUUUCUGUUUGUCAGGAGAUGAGUUUUCCUGAGCAACAGAUACAGUCAGCUGAUGCACUCACAGAUAUGAGCCAGGGCCAUUGGGAGGGUUGCCCGCGCUCUGAAAUGUAUACUCCUGACAUACUGAAUAUAGUAGACAGACUUCAGCCAGAUUUUGCUGCACCGUCUGGAGAGUCACUCAGGCAAGUGGAAUUCCGAAUGGUUCAGUUCCUGCAUGGGACUUUACUGGUUCUGCCUGAAAAGCUCAGAUCAGAUUUUCUCUCUCCUCGCACAAAUGAUGGCGGGUUUUCCCAACAGAGUUCACAUGUUUAUGCAAACUCUAUUAAUGAUCGAGAUGGACAGUCUUACCCUGCACCACAGUGGGAUUUGCUUUACAGACACCGGCAGUUAUCCAGGAAAAAAUCUGGAAAAAGCAGGCUGCAAGUGGUUACUACAACAGGUGAUAAGACUGAAAACUACCAUGAGGAGGAGAUGUCUCCCAAGGAACCAAGCCGACAAAGCUCUAUUAGUGAUAUAAAUGCUCAGAAUUCCUUAACUUGCAUUGGAGUCUUCAGUCAUUCAGCUUCUAUCAAGUGCCUAUUGCUGGGCAUCCUCGGUUGCAGCCCAGUGAUGUCACAUAAGAUUUGUGUAGAGGAUUCUUCUGUGACUGUGUUACAACAUUCUUGGAAAACUGGUUGGCAGAUAAAAAGAUUAAAUGAUACAGCUCACUUGAGGCUUCUUUAGCCCUCUGAUGCGUGGGAUUUGGAGAAAGCAAUAUUGCGAGGAGCCAUUGUUUUUGUUUCAUCAUGUUGCUACCCAAUGUUUUGCAUAUGUAACUGUAUUUUUUGUUGUUUACUGUAACCUUAUACCCCUAUUUAUUUCCUGGUUCCGUAACCCAAGAUUAAGCAAUGGAUUUGGGGUCAGUGUCUUGAGUCCUUGUAAUCUGUAAGCAUUGACAUGAGUUGUACGUUAUACAGACAAGUAUUUUUCAGAAUUAAAAAUGAGAUAAUUUUCCUUUUUUGCGACUGACCCCAAA